AUCCUGGAACAAGUGAAAGCUCGUGAUGAAAGUUUGAAGCUGGAUGCAGACAAAGUAUGGCUUGAAUGCAACGGCACACCGCUGAAAAUAUAUUAUCCCAUAGGAGUCCUUUUUGAUUUGUACAAACCUAUUGAUUCACCUACCAUGACAAUUGUUAUUAAAACUGGUCCACGUCCCGAUGGUGUUUUAUCGGUGUCUAAGGAUGCUAUGGAAUCUAUGUUUAUGCAAUCAUUGAAAGAAGCGAACUACUUAAAACGACGGAGGGAUGAGGCAAUUAACAUAGGGCCGAUGAACAUAAACAACUGUGGUCAAGUCUUGUUCAUGGUGAGUACCUCCUUAUUUCCAUUCCUAUUUCACCCCUCACCCACUGAUAUUGAAGAUCGGUUUGAUGAUUUUUGGAGUGUAAACCGGCGACUUAUGGAAACUUCAGAAGAACGGCCAUUCUGUGAUAUUCCUAUACGAUUGUACAUAACUGAACAACCUUUUCGACAGAUUUUACAACCACCAUUUGAUAGCAAUGGAGAACCACGGACGCUCAGCCAAGCGCUGGAUUCACUUUCUCAUGAUCUCGUAGAAAACGCGAAAUAUCGAUUUAUAUCCCAUGGUAUUACAGUCCCACUGGAAACGCCAUUAACUUACCUGGGAAAGAAUUUUGCAUAUCCUGAUAAUUUUGUACAUAUUUGUGCUGUUCGAAGUAAUAGUUUUUCUACAUAA